CGAAUUCUGUUUAAUUACAAACAAAUCCAAGUUAGAUGAGAUGCAGCAGCUAACGAGAAAAUGGUGGAAGCGUGGUCGCCGAGGCCGAUCAGAAGGAGGAGAUGGCGACGGCGAUCGCGAUCGAUUCUCUCUCCCAACUCGCGAUGAAUUCCAACCGAUCGAUUCCCAAGAACAAGAGGAGAUGGUUAGGGCUUUCGAGAAGACUCACGCUCAUCAGAGCCGCCUUUGGAGGAGUGUUUUUGGAGGGUUUCUUCUUGGCUACGUGGCUUUUUUGAUUUAUUCUAUCUUCCAGCAAUCUUUUUACCCUUGGGAACUUACUUCCGAGCAGCGAUACCAUGCUUACUUCAUGGAUGAGAUUCACCCAUGGAUGGUCAUCACUGCAGAUUGGGUGGCUGUGCUUGCUUGUUUAUUAGCAGUAAAGGGGCUACUCCAAAGCUCAACAUCUUAUCAGAAGUGGAUGUGGUAUUCAUGCUACACUGGGCUGUUACUAGCCUGCUUCUGGCUGUACUAUAUGAUGAGAUUACCGACGUUUCGCUGGGACAUAAUAUGGCUUCCCUUUGGCCCCUUUAGCGGUGCUGGUGUCUGCCUGUAUGUGGACCAUUUGCUGGAGGAAGCACUGCAAGAUAUUAAAAAGCUGCGAGGAUGUAUGUAUACUUUCAAAGCCAUGUAAAGCUGUUCAUAUGAUGCUGCCUCUUUUUUAGUGCGCCAAAAAUUUGUUUUCUAUUGAAAGUUUGAAUCUUACUGUUUUUAGUAAAUAUCUAAAGCUUAUCAAGUUUCUUAUUAUUUUUUA